AUGCAGGAAUCCGGCGGCUCGUCGGGUCAGGGACAGGGCGGUCCAUCGCUGUGCCUCGAGUGGAAGCAGCUGAACUACUAUGUGCCCGCCCAGGAGCAGAGCAACUACAGCUUCUGGAACGAGUGCCGCAAGAAGCGGGAGCUGCGGAUCCUCCAAGACGCCAGCGGGCACAUGAAGACCGGCGACCUCAUCGCCAUACUGGGCGGAUCCGGAGCGGGUAAGACCACGUUGCUGGCGGCGAUUUCGCAACGGCUGCGUGGUAACCUGACCGGGGAUGUGGUUUUGAACGGCAUGGCCAUGGAGCGGCAUCAGAUGACGCGCAUCUCCAGCUUUUUGCCGCAGUUCGAGAUCAACGUGAAGACGUUUACGGCCUACGAGCAUCUAUACUUUAUGUCCCAUUUCAAGAUGCACCGGCGCACCACCAAGGCGGAGAAACGUCAGAGGGUGGCAGACCUGCUCCUGGCAGUGGGCCUGCGGGACUCCGCCCACACCCGCAUCCAGCAGCUGUCGGGCGGAGAGCGAAAGCGACUCAGUUUGGCCGAGGAGCUGAUCACCGAUCCCAUAUUCCUGUUCUGCGAUGAGCCCACCACGGGAUUGGACAGCUUCAGCGCCUACUCGGUGAUCAAGACAUUGAGGCACUUGUGCACAAGGAGGCGGAUUGCGAAGCACUCCUUGAACCAGGUCUACGGCGAGGACUCGUUCGAGACCCCGAGUGGCGAGAGCAGUGCCAGUGGCAGCGGCAGUAAGUCCAUCGAGAUGGAGGUGGUGGCCGAAUCCCAUGAGAGUCUGCUGCAGGCGAUGCGGGAGCUCCCAGCCCUGGGUGUGCUGAGCAACAGCCCAAAUGGAACCCACAAGAAGGCGGCCAUCUGCUCCAUCCAUCAGCCAACGUCGGAUAUCUUCGAGCUCUUCACCCACAUCAUCCUGAUGGAUGGCGGCAGGAUUGUCUACCAGGGACGCACCGAGCAGGCGGCCAAGUUCUUCACAGACCUUGGCUACGAACUCCCGCUGAACUGCAAUCCCGCGGACUUCUACCUGAAGACCCUGGCGGACAAGGAUGGCAAGGAGAAUGCCGGCGCUGUGCUCCGGGCGAAAUACGAGCACGAGACGGAUGGACUCUACAGCGGCAGCUGGCUGCUAGCUCGCAGUUAUAGUGGGGAUUACCUGAAGCACGUGCAGAACUUCAAGAAAAUCCGCUGGGUGUAUCAGGUGUACCUUCUGAUGGUGCGCUUCAUGACCGAGGAUGUGCGGAAUAUCAAGAGUGGGCUCAUCGCCUUUGGCUUCUUCAUGAUCACCGCUGUAACACUAUCCCUCAUGUACUCCGGGAUUGGAGGACUCACCCAGCGGACGGUGCAGGACGUAGGUGGAUCCAUCUUCAUGCUCAGCAACGAGAUGAUCUUCACGUUCAGCUAUGGCGUGACCUAUAUAUUUCCCGCCGCCCUGCCCAUCAUCAGAAGGGAGGUGGGCGAGGGCACCUACAGCUUGUCCGCCUACUACGUGGCCCUGGUGCUCUCCUUCGUGCCCGUGGCCUUCUUCAAGGGAUACGUCUUCCUGUCGGUGAUAUAUGCCUCCAUAUAUUACACGCGCGGCUUCCUGCUGUACCUCAGCAUGGGCUUUCUGAUGAGCUUGUCCGCGGUGGCAGCUGUCGGCUAUGGGAUAUUCCUCUCCAGCCUCUUCGAGUCGGAUAAGAUGGCCUCCGAAUGCGCGGCGCCCUUCGAUCUGAUCUUCCUGAUUUUCGGAGGCACCUACAUGAAUGUGGACACAGUGCCUGGCUUGAAGUAUCUUUCGUUAUUCUUCUACUCCAACGAGGCACUGAUGUACAAGUUCUGGAUCGACAUCGAUAAUAUCGACUGCCCCGUCAACGAGGAUCACCCGUGCGUCAAGACCGGACUGGAGGUCCUCCAGCAGGGAUCUUAUCGCACCGCCGACUACACCUACUGGCUGGAUUGCUUCAGUCUGAUUGUGGUCGCGGUUAUAUUCCACAUCGUGUCCUUUGGGUUGGUGAGACGAUACAUUCAUCGCAGUGGUUACUAUUGAGUGCGGCGCUUUUAUUAUACUAAUUUCAGUUUACACUGUUACAGAACUUGUUUCAGCUUAAUUUCAGUUGCAUUGAGUACACGUGCAGUUAGAUAAGUAAAAUUUGUAAUUUUUAA